CAUUCCAGGCAUGAACCAUGAGCCAAAGUCAGCUUCCAUAGGAAUGCUUUCGACAGCCACUCGGACCACGGCCACAGUCAGCCCCCUCACUCCCUCCCCUAUCAAUGGCUCCCUGGUACCCAACGGCAGCCCGGCGGCCAGCAGCGCGCUCUCAGUCCAGUCCGCACCCUCCUCCAGCUUCGCCGCCGCGCUGCGCAAACUCGCAAAGCAGGCUGAGGAGCCCAGAGGAUCGUCCAUAAGCAGCGAGUCUUCCCCCGUGUCCUCACCGGCAACCAACCACAGCUCUCCUGCCAGCACGCCAAAAAGGGGUCCGAUGGGGCCGAUCAUAGUGCCCCAAGCGGGACACACUGUGCCGAACACACCACCCGUAGUGACCAUUGCACCGACAAAGACCGUGAAUGGAGUAUGGAGGAGCGAGGCCCGCCAGCAGUCAGACGGUGCCUCCCGUGCGAGCAGUCUCAGCAGAGAACGCCUGAUCGCAGAGUCUCAGCUGCCACCAGAGAAGACUGGCACUCCCUCUGUACCCGCACACCUACUGGGGAACGCGUACGCCUUCGCCAUCCCGCCAAGCUCCGUCGUCCAAGAUGCCCGCUUCCAGCCCUUAAACCUCCAGAGGCCGGUUCCCCACGUGGUCCCUCCCAGCACGGUAACCGAGGAAUACCUGCGUAGCUUCCGUCCAUACCACACAGCUGAAGACCUUCGAAUGCCAUCGCUCCCCCACCUCAGCCUGGACCCAACCGCGGCGGCAGCAUAUUACCACAACAGCUACCUAGCGGCCCAUCACCCCUUCCCACAUCCCGCCUUCAGAAUGGACGACUCGUACUGUUUGUCUGCCCUGAGGUCCCCGUUUUACCCAUUGCACAGCCCCGGAUCCUUGCCACCCCUGCACCCCUCCGCUAUGCACCUGCACUUGUCUGGAGUUCGCUACCCAGCAGACCUCGCCCAUUCAUCACUGUCCGCCCUGCAGUCAGAGCGAAUCUCCAGCCUGACAGCCGAGAGACUUCAAAUGGAUGAAGAGCUCCGGCAGCGGGAGAGGGAAAGAGAGCGCGAACGAGAAAAAGAAAGGGAAGCAGACCGCGAGCGGGAAAAAGAGAGAGAGCGGGAGAGGGAACGAGAGAGGGAGAAGAAAGAGCUGGAAAGGGAGAAGGAGCGGGAGAGGGAGAGGGAGCGGGAACUGGAAAGGCAGCGCGAGAGGGCAAGGGAGAAAGAGGCCACCCUCAUGAAGAACCUGGAGAGCCAGUUCUUAGUAGAGUCUGAACUGCACCCGAUGCGGAGCCACCAGGAAGAACGGGUGAAACCCGCAGAGCAGCCCCCUCCCAGCAGACCCGAGAAGUUAAAAGAACCUUCCCUACAGACCGCAAAGCCAGUCCAACACUCAUUACACCAGCCUCCCCCCACGCACCACUCGGUACCCAGCCUGAUCUCCACCCACGCUGCUUUUCCCCAACCAAACACUGCGGCGGCAGCCGCUCUCCUGGCUCAGAGGACGCAGGAGGAGGAGAAGUGGCUGGCUCGUCAAAGACGUCUGAGGCAAGAGAAGGAAGAUCGGCAAUACCAGGUGUCUGAAUUUAGGCAGCAGGUGUUGGAACAGCAGCUGGACAUGAGUGGCCGUCCUAUCAACCAAUCGGAGCAAGAGAUCAGGCCAGAAAACCUCAGGGUUAUAAGCAAUCGCAAUGAAAGCGGCAUCCGAGAGCCCCUACAACAUUUCGGAGGCCCGCCGCCGCUUAUUUCCCCCAAACUGCAACAACAGCCAACGCCAACUUCAUUAUGGAACCCUGUAACGCUAAUGGAGACCCCAACUGAGCCACGGCGCACCCAAGAACCCACCACUGUCCAUAACCAUGCCACCACUGUGUACGAUCAUAACAGACAAACUGUUGCCCCAAUCAAAAUAGAGCGACCAUUUUCCUUUGAGAAGCAGCCAGAUGAGGAGGAGGUGGCUCAUAGGAGACGGGAACUAAUGGAGAAGUACCAGCCCAUUCGGGAUUCCUCCACAUUGGAGCACGCUGGUUAUUCCCACGCCCCUUUCCUUGCUGAGCUUGAAAAAUCAACGCAGACUUUCUUAAAUCAGCAGCGGAGUUCCCUCCAGCAAGCUGGACAGACUAUGGAGAUUACGCUGCUGCACAAGCCAAUCACAGCGCUCAGAGCACCGCCGCCGAGGACGCGAGAGCCCAUGUACAUUUACGAUGAGUUUUUGCAGCAGCACCGCAGGCUGGUCAGUAAGCUGGACCUGGAGGAACGGAGACGGAAGGAGGCUCGGGAGAAGGGUUAUUACUACGACCUGGAUGACUCGUAUGAUGAAAGCGACGAGAGGAAGAAGUCCGAGCGCACCUCCGGAGAGUAGCUGAGCAGCCACCACUCAAGCUGGAUACGUCCUCUGAGAAGUUGGAGUUUCUUCAGAUAUUUGGCCUCACGACCCAACAAGAAAAGGAGCGCCUCCUGCAGCAAAAGCGGAGAAAAGCGAAGGCGGAUGUUGCGAGAAAGGAGUCAGUCUCCUCCCAUGAUACAAAACAAGCGACAGACGCCGUCUCCACAUUCUCCCCUUUCCACCAGAUUCAGCCCAGAUGAGCUCAACAACAGCCCCAACCUGGAGGAGAAGAAGAAAAUUUCUCACGUUUUUUUCGACCUGUCGCAUGUCAGUGCAGAAAAGAGGAGAGACAAGGAAAAACUGGUGGAAAUGCUUCAGGCGAUUAAGCAGAAAAAUGCAGUACCUGAGGCAGUAAAGAACCAACCACCAGCCCAGAGUCGGACUACCCCGCCUCCGCCUCCUCCACCCCCUCCCCCCUCAGGCCCAACCCCUGAGGACCAGCUGCCUGCUCUGCCAUCAACACAUCCUGACCCACCAGCUCCAGUCGCCUCUACUUCUUGCACUGUUUCUGUUCCGGAACCCGUAAAGCCUCUGGAACCCAAUCGUCUAGAACCCCAUUGUGUAGAUCAACCCAAACUCCUGGAAUCCACCAGGGUUCCUCCCCUGCAGCUUCCAGUCCAGCCCCCAGUGACCAACACACCAAACACUGACAAAAUCAGACAGGUAGAGUCCCUGCCUGCUAAAAAGAGCUUGAGCAUUCUGAACUUUGUGCGAGGACACCCACCCAAGGAGAACCCAGUGCAGCCUUCCCAAAGCAUGAAUGGGAGGAACAAGUCAUGGGAACCCUUCCUGGCUGAGGAAUUUGCACACCAAUUUCAUGAAUCUGUCUUACAGUCUACACAGAAGGCCCUGCAGAAGCACAAAGGAGCAUCCGGCUUGCACAGCGCCGAGCAAAACCACAAACCGGAUGCCUCUGUUCACUAUAACAUUCCUGAGCUGCAGCACUCGAGCAGGGCCCCAGUGCAACAACAGAAUGGACAGCCAGGACCUGGGCAGACAGGGGCAAGCCUGGGGCAACGGCAGAAAGAUGUCACUUCAGGGGAGGAGACGUCAGAAGAAGAGGAGGAAGAAGAAGAGGAGGAGGAGGAUAUUAAGCCACCAAGACCUAAAUGGCAGGGGAUUGAGGCAAUAUUGGAAGCAUAUCAGGAACAUUUAGAAGAACAAAACAUUGAACGACAAGUUCUGGAGACACAGUGCAAGCGGCUAGAAGCUCAGCACUAUAACCUUCGUCUGACAGCGGAACAGUUGUCGCAUCGUAUGGCGGAGCUAAUGAGCCAGAAGCAGAGAGUUGCCUCCGAGAGGGACAGGCUACAAGCUGAACUCGAACAUUUUAGGAAGUGCCUUGUUUUGCCCUCCUCGUCGUGGUCUAGGGGUUACUUUAAAGGCCACCCCAGGUGA